AUGUCAUUGAAAACCUGCAGUCUCGUCCUGGCGACCGUGGGCCUUGUUGCCGCACAGAGCAGCGUUGUGUCUCUGUUCAUUCCCUUUGCCGACCCGCAACCACUCGCAGCAUCAAUCUUGGGCGAGAGCGCCAGCACUACAACAUACAGCAUCAAUUGCCCUCCCGGCACCGAUGGCGCAGACUGCGGCAUGGGCCCAGGCUUGUACAUGACCGUGGGUCCAAAAAACGUUCAGUAUAGCAUGAGCGAGCCGGAUGAGGACUUUUACGAUAGCAUUUCUUGCUCCAUGGGCGGCACCACUACUGCUGUUUGCGUGGAAGUGGCCAGCGGCUCGGGAGCCAACUUCCCUGGAACCGAGACUGGUACCUUCGCUCAAAGCGAAAUCAGCUACCUGGCUGUGACCGUCACUGCUGGUCCUGCAACUGCGACUUCUGUGUCUACCACGACUGACUCGGCACACACCUCCAGCGCUGACAAGACUGCAAGUUCUGGAACUACCGGGUCCGCUUCUAGCACCUCGGGAGCUGCGUCUACCAGCCAGAGCUCCGCGACUAGCAGUGGUGGUCUUUCUCGGGUGACUGGAAACCCCGUUGUUGCUUUGGGAGGUGCAGCUGCUGCUAUGGUUGCGGCUGCAUGGUAA